AGGGUGGAGGAAAAUGAUAAAGCCCUUCCCAUAACUAUAUAUAAAGGACACUAAUUACGGCGUUGGAGGUUGAGAGAGGGGAGUAAAGUAGAGUUCUAAUUUUGGGUGCAGGAUCCCAGUAGUACAGUUUACUUCAUGAAACAAACAGUGAGAAAUGCAUGUGGAACAAUUGGCCUUCUUCAUGCUAUCGGGAAUCUCACCUCUCAGAUAAAACUUACCGAGGGGUCAUUCUUGGACAAGUUCUUUAAAUCAACUUCAAGCAUGGAUCCUAUGCAGCGUGCUUUGUUCCUUGAAAACGACAGGGAAAUAGAAGUUGCUCAUUCAGUGGCAGUUACUGCGGGUGAAACUGAGGCUACAGACGAUGUAAACACUCAUUUCAUCUGCUUCACCUGUACUGAUGGACAACUUUAUGAGCUUGAUGGAAGAAGGGCAGGACCUAUUUCACAUGGUGCAUCCUCUCCAGACAGCUUAUUAAAGGAUGCAGCAAAAGUUAUCCAAAAGAUAAUCGAGAAAAAUCCAGACUCAAUCAACUUCAACGUUAUUGCCAUUUCAAAGAAAGUUUAGACCAAUGCAUUUGCGCAGAGGCAGAGGCUUUUAUUUGCUGAGAUGUUUAAACCCGAGUGAGACGCCAGAGAUAUUUAAACCAGGACGAGAUGUUUAAUCCAAUGCUUCAGUGCAGAUGAGAUUUUAGCUUUCCAUAUUUCUGCUUUUCCAGUACAAUAAUAUUUCUUUUGUUGGGAAUGCAUAUAUUCAGUACAAUGUUUCCUUUGUUGGUCAGGCAUAUAUCAAUCAAUUAGUUGCGAGAAA